AUGGAAGUCUUCGUGGACUUCCCGUUCCCGGACGAGUUCCGCUGCCAAGAUUGUUUUCGAGGUGGCAGGGGUAGGGGGACAUGGGCGGUGGGGGCGUUUAGGGCGCACGCCGACCUUAAAAAACACCUUAGAAAAUACCACCCAGAGCGCGGGAUGAAGUUCCGCUGCGGUGUGUGUGGCUUCAUCGGCGAGGGGGGGUAUCCCCUCAAGGCGGUGAAGCUGCACCACGUGCUAGAGCACGAGCGGGAAGUACCUGCGGUCGUCGAAUUAUCGAGCGACGAUGAGACGCUCACUCAGCACGCAACACCACCCGCGAGUGAGCCGCCGCGCCUGCACACGCCAUCAAUCGACACUAGCACGCCGUCAAGCGUGGUUGCAGGCGAACAGGCGCCGAGCUCUCAGGCGAUCGAGCCCGCGAGUCUCCCGCAUGUGCCGGGUACACAAGCACCGGGCUGGUCGGGCAACAACACCGCGCAAAGCUCCGACGACGUAAUUGAGGGCUCGAGUAUCACUGCACGAGAUAUCGCCACUGCUCCAGCACCCUCGCAACGCGCUCCCCCACCUCAGCGCAGGGCCAGACCAAGCGGCCGGGCGAGGAGGCCCGCAGAGGAGCAGGCGAGGCUCAUCGACCUCCUCACCGUCGUAACCAAUAAGGAUGACCUCCAGCUGGCUUAUCCCCAGGUUGCUGCCUUCCUCGGCCGUUUCGCCAAACAACAGCCUGUGCGGGACGCCAGCAACAACCGGGGGCCGAGAGACCGCAGCAACGAUCGAGUAAGGGAAGCGACGCGGAUACAGCGACUAUACCGCAAGAAUAGGAAGCGCGCAGUGCAGGAAGUUUUGGCUGGUCCAGGCCAGCACUGCGCAGUCGACCCGGCCAUCAUCGAGCGACACUUCGCUUCCCUCGGCUCACGACGCGACGGAGAGGAGGUCUGGCCAGACGUCCUCAAUUUAGCAGCUCCCGACCAGGCCUCGAACGACCUGCUUCUGCAGCCGUUCAGCGAGGCCAUCGUCUGGAGGAAGCUGUCCACGAGGACCAACACGGCUCCAGGCCCAGACGGGACGGUGUACUCCGAUCUGAAAAAGGCUGACCCCGGGGCCCACGUCAUCACGGCCCUCUUCAACACUGUCUGGCGGAUUGAGGAGACGCCAGACGAGUGGAACGGGUCCAACACCGUCCUACUCUUCAAAAAGGGCGACCCCACCGACAUCGGGAACUGGAGGCCGAUCUCUCUCGGCGACACCUGCCCCAAGCUCUUCGCUGCCGUGCUGGCCGAUCGGCUGAAGAGCUGGGGGCAACAUAAUCAUCGUUUCAGCCCGUCCCAAAAGGGCUUCCUGGAAUACGAGGGCUGCUUCGAACACAACUAUGUGCUCCAGGAAGUCCUGCGAGACGCCAAACAGCGGAAGAGGGAGGUGGUGGUGGCCUGGCUCGACUUCUCGAGCGCCUUUCCAUCCGUGCCCCACUCCUCCAUCCACCGAGCCCUGCAGCUGCUGGACGUCCCGCCCAAGGUGAGGAAGGUCAUCUCCUCCCUCUACACCGGGAUGGAGACCAGGAUCAGGACCAAGGAUGGCUUUACCAACUCUAUCGCCAUCGAGUCGGGCGUGCGCCAGGGCUGUCCCCUCAGCCCUGACGUCUUCAAUCUUACGCUGGAGGUGGUCCUUCGGUCCAUCGACGGUACUGGGGCGGGCUAUGUUUUAGGCGACACCAAGGUCAGCAACCUCACCUACGCAGACGACAUCGGCGGCUUGGCCUCAACACCGGCUGAGAUGAGGACACUGCUGACCACGGCUGAGCGAGCAGGACAGGCGGUCGGAAUCCAUUUCAACCCGGCCAAGUGCGCCACACUCCACCUCAAGGGCGGCCGGGUCAUGGAGACCCAAUUCAACAUCGGUGGCUCGCCUGUGCGUGCUCUGGCGGCCGGGGAGGCCUACGAACACCUAGGCAUUCCCACUGGCUACCAAGUCCGCCAAACUCCCACCAACAAGCUCGCCGAAAUGGUGUCUGACCUAAGGAAGGUCGACGAAUCUCUGCUGGCUCCCUGGCAGAAACUCGACACCGCAGCCACCUUCAUCCUCCCCCGUCUCGACUUUCUCAUGCAAGGGGCCGACCUCGAGAAAGAAUACCUGAAGGAGACGGACAAGGUCGUCAAGAGGUUGGCCAAGAGGUGGUUGUGUGUUCCAGGCAGAGCAAGCGCGGAGCUUGUACACAUCCCAGCGUCGCAGGGCGGCGGAGGUCUCCUACCAACCACGGACCUCUACGACGUGUACACGAUCUCACACGCCUACCGCAUGCUCUACUGCGGGGACUCGGCAGUCCGAACAAUCGCCCGUGACGCGCUGCAGACCACGGUGGACCAACGGCUCAGGAGGAGUUCCACUGAGGAGGAGAUCGCGCGUUACCUGUCAGGCGCAAUGGACAUCAUCCAGGUGCCGGGCAAGGACUCCUUCUGGGCCAAGGUGCGCACGGCCACCCGGAGACUGGAACCCAAGCUGCGCGCCUCCUGGGCCUGGUCGCCUGAGGAGCAGGUGUUCGUGCUGAAGUUCGCCAACAACACCGGGACGACCAGCAUAGCACCGAGCGGGAGAGACCGGAUUACCUCGGUUCUUCGACGAAGACUCUCCACCUUCUUCGUCCGCUCCCUCACGGCAAAACCAGACCAGGGGAAAGUUUUCCAGGUGACCACCAGCAGCAACUUCCCCAACCACUUCCUGCGCACCGGGCGGAGCACCAGGUUCUGCGACUGGCGCUUCGUCCAUCGGGCACGACUGGGCGUGCUCCCGCUGAAUGCUUGCAGGAGGUGGGAGACCAACGGGGACAAGAGGUGCCGGAAGUGCGGCUACCAGCAGGAGACCAUCCCUCACGUCCUGGCGCAUUGUGGCGUCCAUUCAGCAGCGCGACAGCGCCGCCACAACAACGUCCAGGACCGGCUGGUGAAGGCCGCCUCUCGGUGCCCAGGAGUCAUCCGCGUCAACCAGACGGUGGAGGGCGUAGACGGCGAAGCGGGCACGCUGCGCCCCGACAUUGUGGUGCGGGACGAGGUCAACCGCACCAUCACCAUCGUCGACGUCGCUGUGCCGUUCGAGAACGGCAAGAUCGAGUUCGCCGCCGCCCGUGCACGCAAGAUGGAGAAGUACGGACCGCUGGCGACUCAGCUCGCGGCCAGCGGCUACACCGUCAGACUGGACGCCUUCAUCGUCGGCUCACUCGGAGGCUGGGACCAACACAACGACAGCCUGCUAGUGCACCUCCGAGUGGGACGAUACUAUGCCGGGAUGAUGAGAAAAUUCCUGGUCAGCGACACCGUUCGUUGGUCCAGGGAUAUCUAUGUGGAACAUGUCAGCGGGAGGAGACAGUACCAAUAA